AUGGCGGCGCUAAUGGAGAAGCUGGCGGCGCACGAGGACGAGGAGCUGUGUCGGGUCGGCGACGAGGUGGCGCUGCUGCGCGACCGGAUCAGGUUGCUGCAGGCGAUCAUCCGCACCAAUGACGCCAACCGGGCCGGUCGCCGCGAGGGGCAGUCCCGCGUCUUGGGCCGCCAAAUGCGCGACAGUGCCUUCGGUGCCGAGGACGCGCUAGAUGACGUGAUGUUCCAGCACCAGGUUGCCUUAAAAAGUCAAGGUUGCCGGAACUCAAGAACACAAGUAAGAUACUUCAUUGGCUUCUUUGCCCGGAUCAUGGUUCGCCGUAGGUUGUGUGGUCAAAUCACAAGCAUCAUGAGCACGCUACAAAACAUCUUGGAUCAGCAAAUGAACUACAUGGUUGAGCAAACACCAUCAGUGAUACUGGCAUCUUCCACCACAGCCAUUGCAGCGUGGAGGGAUGACCUGGAGAACGCCAUGGGGUUUGACAAGGACAUGGAGGUUCUUAAGAGGAUGUUGGUCCAUAAAGACAAGGAUAGUCUCCACCGAAUGUUCAUCUCCAUAGUUGGGGAGAGUGGUGCCGGAAAGAACACACUCAUAAAAAAAGUUUUGCAUGAUGCCAUAUGUUCAAAUACAGAUGUUUUAAUCAGGUAUGACAUGCAACCUGGCUCCAGCAUGGGAGAUCUUCUUACCCAUGUGUACCAAAUCGCAUUGGGACAAUUGGCAGAUCACUAUCAUGAAGAUGAAGGAGAAGUGGAAGAUAAGCUUAGUCACCUCCUAGCUGGGAAGAGUUACAUAUUGAUUUUGGGUGGGAUAUCCUCCAAAACCACCCUAAACCAUCUGAGGGCGAGCCUACCGGAUGACAAUAAUAAUGGCAGUCGUGUGGUGCUAAUAUUGGACACUGAAAAUGAAGAAGUUGCUUGGCAUGCAAAUACCAUGAACAAAGAUGGCAAUAAUGGGGUACACAUGCUGACCUGUUUGGACCGAGCUAGAAGUUGGCAGUUAUUCUCUUGGAAAGUUCUUAGGAAAGGGCAACAUGACUCAUCGUCAUCGAUCUAUGAGAAGGGUAGCAAUCAGAAGGAGGAGGAGGCUCGAGAUAAUUAUGGGUCUUCCCAUGAGGUGGACAAAAAUGAGGAGGAGCAGGAGGAGAAGAAGGAUGAUCGAGAUAAUUAUGAUCCAUCCCACAAAAAGGGAUGGAAUAAGGAGGAGGAUCGAGAUAAUUAUAGAGCCAUCUUCCGACAUGACCAAGUUGGUGUGGAAGAGGACGAUGAGAAGUACAGAUAUGAAAAUUGCAAGAGAACUAUGCACGAGGUGACUAGAGGAUAUCCCAUGGCAAUUGUGCUUCUAGCCGGACUUCUCCGGUUCAAGGAGAGGCCGGUCCAGUGGGAUGAAGUGCUGCAGGAACUCGGUACUUCAAGGAACAGCUACUACCAGCACCAAAUGUGCAACACAAGAAGGGCGAUGGAAACCAUCUUCUGGGCAAGCUUUGAGGACCUCCCUGAAGACCUCAAGUCAUGCUACCUCUACCUCGCCGGCUACCCUGAGGAUAAAUGCCAACAUGCCGAUGAGAUCAUUCGGAUGUGGAUAGCGGAAGGCUUCAUCAACAACAAGAGGCUGCUCCAUGGGAAGUCGCUGGAGGAUGUGGGACAUGACUACCUCAAAGAACUUGUCUUGAGAUGUCUUGUUGAGCUAAAGGAGACAAAACCUGGUGGUGGCAUCAUGCGUGUGAGGGUUCACAGAAGCAUCCUGGGGCUGCUACGGUCAGAGGUCGUCGAGGUUAGCUUUAUGGAUAUCGUCCACAAUGUCACAGAUGAUGUCCUUGUGCCGCCUCUGGUGCGCCGCAUAUUUAUUGAGAGUGACAACAAUGCAAUGUACUCCACCCACCAGAAAUUCAUGAAGCUGCGUUCCUUCAUAUGUCACAUCAAUGAGAAUAAGCACAAAGAAGCAGAGGCCCAAUGGAGGUGUACAGGAAACAAGUCUUUGCAUGAAGGUCUCAAGUUUCUUCGUUGGUCUAAAUUCCUUCGUGUAGUCUCUGUGAAGGGGUUGAGGCUUAAGGAGGUGCCAGAUGAGCUUGGUGACAUGAUCCACUUGCGGUAUCUAUGCAUCGACUGCCCCGACCUAUGCUACCUCCCACCGGGCAUCGGUAGGCUUCCCAAUUUGCAGACACUUGAUGUAAGCAACACCCAGGUUGAGGAGAUUCAUCGGGAUUUCUGGAAGAUCAAGACGUUGCGGCAUGUGCUUGCUAAGAGCCUCACACUUCCAACAACAAUGACUAUGCCAGCAGGUGGGGAAGAAGAUGAUGAGGAAGGUGGCGAGCUACAGACACUCCACGGCGUAAAGCCCGCCGCCCCAGGAUCGGAAGGUGAGUGGGGCAUAAGGAGUUGUCCAUUGGACAGGAUGACAAACUUAAGCUCGCUGGACAUGCAUAGUUUCCAAUAUGCGACACACGGAGGGCCUGCCCUCGGGGCUGCUCUGCAUAAGAUGCAUCUACUUGAGCACCUAAAACUGCAAGGUGAUGAGAUCCCCUCAUGCGUCUUCACCGAGCCAGGCCUUCGACGUCUCCAGACCAUGGUGCUGAAUGGAACUGUCAAGUGGGACGACAUCGCCUACCCGACGACAGAUCCUCUUCUUCUUCGCAAGGUCCGUCCGAACCUCAUCCAGCUCAAACUCAAUGAUGCCAUCAAGGUGCCACAGACCAUCAGAGACCAGCUGGGCGAGAUAUUAGUCCAAGAAGAGAACUGA